AGCUUUGGGCUCUGCUCCGUCCGGCGAGUCCGGUUACGGAUUGUGUCCGGUUUCUUCGGCGCCGAAGAAUGGGAUUGCUGGAAGCGACUUUCUUGGGGAUGGCCGCUGUGUCAGCUGCAGCCUUUGAUGGUUGGAACGACUUCAACGGGGUCGCGCGGGUCACCAACGCCGCGCACGAGGUCUUGUUCCAGAAAGAGUAUGGCUUCUUGAACAUCCCUUACAAGGACCCCAUGCCGGCUGAUGCCAUCUUCCCAGUGGCCUCCAACACGAAGCUCUACGUGGCCGUGGCCUUGUAUCAACUGCAGGAGGCCGGAAAAGUGGACCUCAACGCCUCCAUCGCCGACUAUUUGAAUGCCAAGGACUUGAAGAACUUCGGGAUGCAUGGAACAAGGAAGUAUUGUCCCAAAGUUGCGGGAUCUUCCGAGUGUCAGGUGAACCAUUGCAGAAAUCAUGGAAGGGCACAUAACGUAUUAAAGCCUAUUAACAUCCAAUAACCAUAAUUCUCAUGGUCUGCAUUCUUACUUGACCGCAUAAUUUCUUGUAGGCCGUUCGGUGGGUGUGACAUCAUCUACGUACUGUCACAAUUGUUGAUGUUCAAUUUGAAAAGGGCACUUCCUUGAGAAUUUUUGGCACUCCCAAACUCGGGACACGAAUCAAACAAAAGCCCAAGGUUGUGCGCUUUGUGGACCUGCUUGCGAUGUCCUCGGGUAUCCCCAACCCUCCCUUCCGCGACUAUUUCCUGCCCUAUGCGGGCUCCAUCGGUCUGACGGUGAAGCUCUUUAUCAACCAAGACUUGCUCUUUAUUCCGGGCACGGAGUACGAUUACAGCAAUAGCGCCUUCAUUCUCGCAGGGUAUUUCGUGGAGAAGCUCUCUGGAAAGUCGCUCAGGGAGUAUUUGCAGAAGCACAUCAUCAGUGUACUGGAGCAGAGCUCAACGGAGUACGACCCCUAUGACUACCAACUGAGCAUGGCAGGAGAUCGCAGGAAGAGGGUCUAUGAAUACUACCAAUACCGCGACCCCAAGACCCAUGAAAUCUAUGCCACCGGUGAAUGUCGUGAUGAGUUCGAUCUUGGCACAGCGAAUGGUGCCGGUGGCGUGCUUUCGACAGUGGCGGAUGAGCAGCUCUUCUACUACACACUCUUUAACUUUUCCAAAGAUGCCAUGGGGAAGCCCCUGCUGCAAGAUCCACGCUCCUUGAUCGAUCUCGUGCGUCCGCGCAUGCCCACAAGCCCGGAGCAGAAGGGCGGCUACUUCUGGUAUGCCCAAGGCUUGCUAUCUCUUUGUAACUGGAGUGUUGAUCAUGAAGGCUGUGAUGUGAUUCCAAACAUCAUCGGCUAUGAAGGUGGGCUGAUGUGCGUGCACACUGCCAACCUCUUGGACUUGCACGUGCAUCCCGCCGUGAUGACCAGCGUCUACAGUAGCACGGUGGUGUUUGAUGUGAAGAAGGCCCUAGUGAAGAAGAUGCAAGCCAGCAAGACGGGCGACUUCCUCGAAGCGAGUGACAGGUGGCCCCAACAGAUGGAAGUCUCGAAGAUGGCCUGGAAGCUGCACAAUGAAGUGCUGAACCAGAGCAAGCAACGGGAGAAGAUGGAGUGGAAGGUCAGAGGCAUUAUCCUCCCUUAGUUCUGAUAUGUUCUGAUCUACCGUACAGUCCGUUUCAAUUUUGUCAAUAAAUUGAGUGUCCGUCGUUGGCCUCAGCUUUUGCAGGGUUUGGAGGCCUCAGGAGAAGGGCAUUGAAUGAGAGAUAAUGCGACCAACCCUUCCUAAUUGCCGGCGAAGGCCGGCGAAGGUAUCUCAGUCUUAUUCGAAAGGACAUGACAGUGAAGGAC